AUGGAGCGUAUGUAUAUACCGUCUGAUCAAGCCUUCAGGGAAAAAUUGCAAAGCAGCACUUGUCAGAAUAUUGAACCUGUUAGUUUAAUUGAAAGGCAUGUGAACAAUGAGCUUGAAAGAGUUAGAAACCCACGGAAACUAUACAAAUUUCAGAGGCCAAGAGAGUUUUCAUUCAAAGGAAGGGCUGUUACAGCAGACGCAUCCAUAAAGCGAAUCCGUUACAAUGGUAAAAUCAACAAUUACGCCCAAAGCGAGGAAACCGACUACAAUGAUCAUGAUGUUAAACUACUACGAAUGAUCCAGCGUGCCUGUAAGAAACCAAGGAUUGAUGAAAAGCCAGAUAAAACGGUUGCACCAAACGAUGAUGUACUUAAAUCCAAACUUCUUACGGAUAAAGAUGUCGUUGCAUUUUUUUCAAUUCAUGGAGAUAAAAGCCCACUAAAGUACGUGAUCCUAAAUCCAACCCCUCGAUCACUUGAAUUCCGUCCAUAUGAUCUUGUUGUUUCUCAUAAGGGAGAAGAAAAGGCUGAGCAUUAUAUUAUGAGUGCAACAGGUGUUGUGCAUGUGCGUCCGAACUGUCCAUCUGAAGUAAUAUCGUUAGGGGAUUGGGUCGAGGAAAAGUCCCUCUUCAACGUUUUACGAAGGAUUCCAUUUUUUAAGAACUUUUUAUUAUAUAAAGCCUUCUUUCGUUUGUACAAGAAACUAAGGGAGAAAAAGUUUGCCGCCAAACGAAAAAUGCUCUCCAAUGACUUUCUACUUAUCAAAUCGACAUUUUUAGCGACACAGCAGGAUCUUUGUAAAACAUCCAACGAGUUAUCAAAUGUGGCGUUAAUUGCAUACGAACCACAGGGAAAGCAUGACUUUUUUAUAGAAGACUUUAGAAUGCAGCAGCUUAGGCAAAGACAGAAAGCAAGUGGGGAAAUUAAUUCAACUUUAGAACGUGUUGAGGAAAAGGUGACUAAUUUAAUCAAUUGUCUGCAGAGCCGAGCAGAUGUUCCCGAUAUGACCACUCGAGCUGCUAUUGAGCAAUAUCUUAUGUCUUCUGAACUAUCGUCAAUAGAACUCAAAAGGGUGAAACUCCUUAAAUCGAUGAUAGAAAGAAAGGGAGAACAAAUAAGAAAACUUCUUGAACUGAAGCGAAGUCUUGUAGAAUACAGCCAAAUUGACGUUUUCGUGAGAUUGGUGGACCUCAUGAUGUCCGAAAAUUUGUUCAAAAAUGCGUUAUCUACCUCGCAAGUAUUCUUCAAUAUACUUCGUAAUCAAUCUGGUGAAAGCAUCCGAAAGGUUGGGUUUCAAGUCCUGCUUCAUCCCAAACCUACCAAAAUGGAUUUCGAUCCUUCUGCCUCGGUAGUAAAAAAUUUGUUUAUUGAAAUAGUAAACGGAUAUUCUGACCUUGUUUCUUCAGUUACUCGACUAAGUGAGCAGCGGUACUACAAAGCCUUUUUUAAAAAAAAUCCUCGGUUAUGGAAUAUUGGACUAAAAAUCAAGAAAGAUGCUCGUUUUAAUUUUCUACAACAGAGUAUGAUACAAAUCAUAAAAAAUGAUUAUGAAUUAGCCUACGUACGAAUGGGUACCUAUAGUGCUGUACUCCCUGAUAUCCACUUUCUACAGAAUGAAUGGACUCAAAUUGAAAAAGAGCAGUUAGAGGAAAAUAAAGAAGCGCACCAUUCUUCAACAAGUCUUGCGAAACUCUAUCGACGACUUCAGAAAGCUCAGGAUUCAUUGCGAGUACUUAUGUCAACAUUUGUCGGAAACACUUUGUGGAUUAAUGCCACUAAACUUAAAUCUGAAAUUGAGCCUCGAGUCCAAAUCUUAAAAGAAGAAGUUGACGCAACUCUGCGUUCUGUGACCUGUGACGUUAUUCAAAAACUACAUACGAACUUUAAGCAUAAGAUUCAACUCCUAAAUGAGCGUCCUCAAACCCUCAGUGAUUUUGCUGAAUAUGUGGAUGAAUACAAAAAAGUAAAAGCUGAAAUGCCUGCAAUUGAAGACUCCAUUUCACAAGCAGAAGCACUAUGCGAAAUUAUGGAUCGUCAUCAGGUAGAAUUCGCUGAAGAUGAAGACAAGCAGCUCAAGGAAAGAACGCUGGGCAAUACUUCUAUGGUAGCCUCUCUCCACGCAGUUUUUGAUGAUGUGUGCCUGAAAGCGGAAGAAUUCAUUGAGGAACAUUUGCCGUUUCAUGUUGAAACACUGGUGUCACAGGUCGCGAAUCUUGAGGAAGAGUGCUCAGGUAUUCGUCACAUACUCUCUGGUAAGGAAUUUGUCACUUUGGUUGACAUUAUUGAAACUGUUAUUGAAUAUUUAGACAACAUUAUGUCAAACCUAGAUGAUAUUUCAAAAACUCGAGCCUGUCUCACUCGCUAUGCGAAUCUUUUCGAUCAUUCCUCGCUUAACUGGACUGUUUUAGAUGAAACAAUUUCCCUCGCUAUGUCACGAAAAGAAACCUGGACUUUGCUCGAUGAAUUCAGUAAAAAGGUAGAGUACUGGUUUGAUUGUCCUCUGGAUGAACUCAAUACUGAAGAAAUGGAAGAAGAGGUGAUCUCAAUGCUGAAACGCUCUGAUAUUGCUAACCGUACAAUAAAGGCAAAGGAUUAUGAGGACGAAAUCAUACCGCAUUUGCUUCAUAAAUUGCACGCAAUUCGUCAAAAUAUAACAACGAUUCAUGAUUGUGGAAACAAGCAUAUGUCAUCCGAGAACUGGAAUGUUGUUUUAAAAGAGGUUGUCGGGCCAAUGUGCACUUACCAUAGGGAACUUAACCUCAAUUUUCUACAGGAGCAUGGAAUUUUUAACAAUAAAGAAAUACUUUCAGAGCAAUCAGGUCUUGCGACUGCUCAGUGGAAAAUUAACAACGACCUUGAUGGGAUCCGAGAAAUCUGGGAUGCUAUUUUAAUUAAUCUCAAACCGUAUAAAAAUCGAGAAGGGGUGUUCAUUCUUUCAGAUCUGGAUGAUAUAAUCCAACAGCUUGAUGACCAUCAAAUUGAGUUGCAGACCAUAAUGGCCUCCCGAUUUGCAGCAUCUAUUCGUGGUAAGGUAGAAACGUGGAUUGACAACCUACGGCUUGUUUCUAACGUCCUCGAUGAAUGGAUAACACUUCAGAAGAAUUGGAUGUAUUUGGAGUUUAUAUUUUCAUCAGACGAUAUUAAAGAGCAACUUCCGGAGGAAAGCAAAUCUUUUGAUAAAGUGGACCGAUUUUAUUGUACUCUGACCACCAAGGCAUCUGUUAUCCGAAAUGUGUAUCAGAUAUGCACAGAGGACGGUCUAUUGGAUGAUAUCAAGCGCAGUAAUGAAUAUAUUGACCAUAUUCAGAAGCGAUUAGAGGAUUAUUUAGAAACUAAGCGUAUUGCUUUCCCGCGCUUUUACUUUUUAUCAAACGACGAAUUACUUUCGAUUUUGUCCGACACGCGAAACCCGAAGUCUGUUCAGCCUCACUUGCCCAAGUGUUUUGACUCCAUCGCAUUGCUCAUUUUUGAAGAUGAGGAAUACAAUUCCAUUCUGGGAAUGAUCUCAGGAGAGGGAGAAAAUGUCAUGUUCCCCCGACCAAUUCAUCCUGUCGGUGGUGUCGAGCAAUGGCUUAACGAAGUAGAGGGCAUCAUGAAAAUUUCUCUCCACCAGCACACUCAAAAAACCAUCGAGGCAUAUUCCCGCAGCCCCCGUGAGGAAUGGUUUUUCAACCACCCCGCCCAAUGCGUUCAAGCGGUGGACAUGAUUGUUUGGACCGGCGAGGUCGAGGAGGCCAUCACCGCCGAUUCCCUAGACACCUACCACGCCAAUUACCAAAAUCAGAUCCUCAACAUGGUUCAAAUCGUGAAAAAGCCUUUAAAUAAACUCAAUCGCGCGCUGCUUUGCACUCUGAUCGUUCUUGACGUCCACAAUCGUGAUAUCGUGCAGACCCUCCAUCAGCGCCAUGUGGUGGAGGUCGGGGACUUUAAUUGGCAUCAACAGCUGCGGUAUUACUGGGAAAAGGACGCGGGUAUGCCAAACGGGAUGAAUAUCGGCAUCGCCCACUGCAAUGCCCAUCUUUGGUAUGGCUAUGAAUACCUGGGAAAUCAACCACGACUUGUCAUCACGCCGCUGACCGAUCGCGCCUUUUUAACAUGCACCAAUGCGCUCUCGAUGAACCUCGGCGCGGCGCCUCAGGGGCCUGCCGGGACGGGAAAAACAGAAUCCGUGAAAGAUCUCGGCAAAGCGCUCGCUCGUCAGGUCGUGGUGUUUAACUGCUCGGAUGGAAUAAACUACAAAACAAUGUCGCGUAUGUUCGCCGGACUCGCGCAGGCCGGCGCCUGGGCCUGCUUUGACGAAUUCAACCGUAUUGAACUCGAAGUAUUGUCAGUGAUUGCGCAGCAAAUGCUUGAAAUCACAACGGCGCUGAACCAGAAAUUAGAACGAAUGAACUUUGAAGGACACCCCAUUCAGCUCAACAAGAACUUUGGUGUUUUCAUCACCAUGAACCCCGACUACGCGGGACGAAAUACGCUUCCCGAUAACUUGAAAGCGCUAUUCCGUCCAAUAUGCAUGAUGAUACCGGACUACGCCCUCAUUGCCGAGAUUAUGUUUUACUCCGAAGGCUUUUCCGAUGCCCGGACGUUGGCAAAGAAAAUGGUGCAGCUUUACAAACUCAGCUCCGAGCAGCUAUCCAAGCAGGAUCAUUACGAUUUUGGUAUGCGAGCCGUGAAGUCAAUUCUCGUCAUGGCGGGCGCCCUCAAGCGGAAUGAUGCCAAUGAAAAGGAAGAUAUGUUGCUAAUUCGAGCCAUCCGCGAUGCGAAUGUGCCUAAAUUUCUGCGAGAUGACAACAUCCUCUUUAUGGCCCUCGUUCGGGAUCUCUUCCCUUCCGUUAAAAUAGAAGAAUGCCAUAACGAGCUCUUACUUGACUACAUCCAGCGAAUAAUGGAAAAGGAAGGACUGCAAAUUGUGGACGGGAUGAUCACAAAAACAAUUCAAUUAUACAACACGUUGGAGGUACGCCAUGGGUUGAUGUUGGUAGGGCAAAGUUUAAGCGGAAAAUCAGCCGUUAUUCGAACCCUUCAGCAUGCGCUCAUAAACCUUAAGAUGGAUGGCCAUGACGAGGACGGGAAGCAUCCUUUAUACAAUCGCGUUCAGGUUCAUUUUCUGAAUCCUAAGUCGAUCACGAUGGGGGAGCUCUACGGACAUGUGAACGAAAUUACGAGGGAGUGGACGGAUGGCGUUCUUAGUGGCGUCGCCCGCUAUAUCACCCGCACGGCGCUUGAUAAACCAGACCGACAUUGGGUCAUCUUUGACGGCCCGGUAGAUGCGUUGUGGAUUGAAAAUAUGAACACCGUUUUGGAUGAUAAUAAGCUUUUAUGUCUGUUUAACGGUGAGCGUAUUAAACUCCCAAACACGGCAACGUUCAUGUUUGAGGUGCAGGAUCUGAAAGUGGCCUCGCCGGCGACCGUCUCGCGUUGUGGGAUGGUGUAUAUGGAGCCUUAUUACCUAGACGGCGAUCGAGGAUGGAUUCCGAUCGCUAAAUCGCUCAUUCGGCGAAAAGCCGAAGCGAACGAAUUUAUUCAAGCGGAACGGCUAAUGACCCUCCUCGAGCAGUUUGUUCCCGAUACCUUAGACUUUUUGCGGAAGAAUUGCAAUGAGUGGAUCCCGUCGAUCGAUGCUCAACUUGUGAUUAACUGCAUUGAGCUUUUGUAUGCUUUUGUUAAAGCACGAGACCAGAGCAACUUGUGGCCUGCCGGGAUUACGCGCCCGAUCGAAGAAGCGGCUAACGAAGCCGAAAAUAAUGAGGAUCCCAAUGAGCAAAGCUAUCUAUACUCCUCCUCCUCCAACAUGUCGAACCCACGCCAACGAAAGAGCGUCUGCCCCCCACCUGACAUAUUUCGCUGCCCGCCAAUCACACACGCCACCGUCGCCGCGCCGAACGAAGAACGCUUAUUUGAUAUGUACUUUAUUAUGGCAUUCAUAUGGUCAUUUGGCGGAAAUAUCCGGGAUGACGCCAGGGGCACGUUUAGCCAAUUUUCCAAGGAAAAAGUCUCCCAGCUGAUGCCCGGACUGCUGCCGAGCGACCCCGACAAGGACGAAAACCUCAGCCUGUACAACCUGGUCGUUCACCUCCCAUCCAAGCGCUUCACGACGUGGGAUUAUCUCGUCCCGGAUUUUAAUUACCAGCCCGACGUGCCGUAUUUUGACCAUGUCGUCCCCACCGCCGAUUCCGUCGCCCUUAAAACCAUUCUUCACGUUUUAAUGAAUUCCUCGCGGAGUGUGCUCAUUAACGGGGUUACCGGGACGGGGAAAUCCCUCACGGCGCUGAACUUUUUGCAGGAUACCCUUCGCACCGAUGAGCCCGACACCGUCUGGGAGUACUUCGGCACCGUCCUUUCCUCGCAAACCCGCAGUAAAGAUCUCGAGAUGCGCUUGUUGAGCAAACUAACUAAACUGCGAAGUAAUGUGCUCGGCCCCACGAUGGGAAAGACGGCGGUGUUUUUUGUGGACGAUUUGAACAUGCCGGCGUUGGAGAAGUUCGGGGCCUCGCCCCCGCUGGAGCUGCUUCGUCAGGUCCUCACCCAGGGCGGCUUUUUCGACACCCAUAAAUCCCCCGCGUCGUUCAAACACGUGCGGGAUUUGGUCUUUUUGGCCGCCUGCGGCGUCCCAGGCGGCGGGCGAAAUAGCAUGACCACCCGCCUGACCUCCCGUUUUCAUUUAUUAUGCCAGCCAGCGAUGUCGACGAGCACGACCACGCGCAUUUUCGGCUCUAUUUUGUAUGGAUUUUUAUACCAGUGGAAGAGCUCCGAGGUCUUGGGGCUUUCGAUGCCGCUUGUGGAGGCCACGCGGCAGUGUUAUGAGAGAAUUACGCAGGAAAAGCUCCCCACGACAACCCGCUCGCAUUAUACCUUCAAUUUGCGCGAUUUUGGUCGCGUUAUUCAGGGAAUGAUGCAGGCCUCGCCCAAAAGCGCCCCCGGGAAAGAGGAGCUUUGCCGUUUAUUCGUGCAUGAGGUUUCACGAACAUUCCAUGAUCGUCUGGCCGAUGAGGGGGAUCGUCAGUGGUGGUGGCGCACGUUAAAAGAAGUUUUGGAGAAAACCUUAGACUUCCCCUGGAGCGAGGACUUCCCGAACCUGCUUUUUGGGGAUUACAUGCAGCGAAAUCGCGUUCACUACGAGGAGAUCCGCGAUCACGACGCGAUCCCGGAUAUGCUUUCGGAGUAUUUGAACAGUUAUAACAUGACCUACAACAAAGAAGUCGAUUUGGUAUUCUUCCAGGACGCGAUCAAGCACAUUUCGCGGAUUUGUCGGGUUCUUCGGCAGCCUCGCGGGAAUGUUUUGUUGGCCGGGAUGGGGGGGACGGGGCGACAUUCGCUCUGUUGUUUAGCCGCCUCUAUCUGCGAUUUGCCGGUCCACGAACUCGUCCUCACGCGGUCCUUCGGCCUCGCGGAAUUCCAUGAGACGCUGAAAAAAAUCCUCAUGGAAUGCGGAGGGCGGGAUAAAUCGGUGGUCUUUUUUAUGUCCGACGCCCAGGUCGUCCGCGAGGAGAUGUUGGAGGAUAUCAACAACCUCCUGAAUACGGGCGAGGUGCCCGAUCUCAUGCUCGCGGAGGAUGUGGAUGCGGUGGUCGAACUCGUUCGCCCGCUCGCGAUCGCGGCGGGGCGGAAAGAAACGCGAAAUGCGAUUUUCGCGCACUUCGUCUCGACCUGCCGGGAUCAAAUGCGAAUUGUCCUGGCGAUGUCCCCUGUGGGGGAUAAAUUCCGCAGCCGUCUUCGUCUUUUCCCCUCGCUGGUGAAUUGUUGUUUUAUUGAUUGGUUCGACCAGUGGCCGUCGGACGCGCUGGAUGCGGUGGCCACACGGGUUUUGGACCCGGUCCCGAUCGACGAGCCCGUCAAACGCUCGUUGGUCCAACUUUGCGUGAAAAUCCACCUCGACGUGCAAAAAAGUUCCGUCGACUUCUUCGAUGAGCUCCAACGGCGAAACUACACCACCCCGGCGUCGUAUUUGGAGUUGUUGAGUUGUUAUUGCGAAUUUUUGCAGGAGCGGGAGCGCAGCGUGCGGGAGCAGAUUGAGCGCUAUCAAGGCGGACUCAACACCCUGAGGGAGACCGAACGAAUUGUGGAUGAGAUGAAAGGUCAACUGGUGGAAAUGCAGCCCCGGCUCAUCGAGGCCGCGCACGAUACGCAGACUUUGAUGGAAAAGAUCGAAAAGGAAAAGGAAGAGGCAGAGGUCGUGCGCAAGGAAUGCGCCAAGGACGAGCACGAGGCGAGCGAAAUUCAGGCCGAGGCGGAUGGCAUUCGUGCGGAAUGCCAGACCGAGCUCAAUAAAGCGCUGCCGAUUCUAAAGUCCGCGGAGGACGCCCUGGCGGAGCUCCGCCCGGAUGAUAUUCGCGAGGUUCGCAGCUUUCAAAAGCCCGCCGCCCGCGUUGUUUUGGUUUUAGAAGCGGUUUUAACCCUUCUUGGCGAGAAAGAUGUGAGUUGGGAGCGAUCGAAGCUCGUGAUGAGCCGGAUGGAUUUCAUCAAGGACCUCCAAAACUACCAGCGCGAUGAGCUCACGGAGAAGAUGAUCCGCUCGAUUCAGAAGUAUGUGAAUAACCCCGAUUUCCAGCCCGACGAGGUCGCCAAAAGCUCCAAAGCCUGCCGUUCGCUCUCCCUUUGGGUGUUGGCGAUCAAUAAUUACUACGAAGUCGUGAAAGUCGUCGCGCCGAAGCGCAAGCGGCUGGCGGAGGCCGAGGCGAAGGUCGCCGUUGCGAAUCAAUCCCUCCAACACGCGCGGGGCCGCCUGAACGCAAUCGAAGAGGCCCUCUCGCAGCUCCAGUCCGACAUGAAGGAAAACAUUCGCAAAAAGGAAAAAUUAGGGGAGGAUAUCGAGCUCAUUACGGUCCGUCUUGGGCGGGCGGAGCAGCUAAUGAGCGGGUUAUCCUCCGAGCAGCUCCGCUGGUCCGACUCGAUCGUCGCCCUUGACGAGGAGCGGAGCGGCCACGUCGGCAACAUCGCCCUCGCCGCGAGUUUUGUGGCCUAUCUCGGGCCCUUCACCCACGCCUACCGCGCGCGAAUGCUCAAAAUGUGGUUCGACAGCUGCCGAAGUUUGCACGUCCCCGUCGGGAAAAGUGAGGUCUUCGAUGUUUGCAAAAUCGUCGACCCUGUGCGCAUCCGCGCGUGGGGCCAACAAGGCCUCCCGCCGGAUUCCUUCAGCGUCGAAAACGGCGUCGUGGUGUCGAAAUCGCGGCGGUGGUGCCUUUGCAUUGACCCUCAAGGCCAGGCCGCGAGCUGGAUUCGCGAGCUGGAGAAGAAGAACGAUCUGCGGGUGGUGAAGCUGACGGAUUCGAAUUAUCUGCGCAUUUUGGAGGCCGCUAUCCAGCGCGGGUUGCCGGUUUUGAUCGAAAACGUCGAGGAGAGCCUGGACGCCACGUUGGAUCCGAUUCUUCUGCGGCAAACCUACCACUCGCAAGGGCGUUUGCUGAUCAAAAUCGGGGAUAGCGAAAUCAGCUACGACCCGAAUUUCCGUUUGUACAUCACCACCAAACUGCCCAAUCCGCACUACCUGCCGGAGCUCCAAAUCAAGGUCACGAUUUUGAACUUUACGGUCACCCAGGAAGGGCUGGAGAAUCAACUGCUGGCGGAUGUCGUUCGUUUUGAAUACGCAGAGCUCGAGCAGCGCGCGGAUGCCACCAUCGUUGAAAUCGCCGAGGUCAAAACCAAGCUCAAAGAGGUCGAGGACAACAUUCUGAAUUUACUCUCCUCGAGUACGGGGAAUAUACUGGACAACGAAUCCCUCGUCGCCGCCUUGCAGGAUGCGAAGCGGACGAGCGAGUCCGUUUCCGCCUCGUUGGUGGUGUCCGAGCAAACCCAGCGGGAGAUCCAAUCCGCGCGCGAUCGCUAUCGCCCCGUGGCGACGCGGGGGUCGAUUAUCUACUCCGUCCUCUCCGAACUCGCGGGGCUGGAUCGGAUGUACCAAAACUCGCUCGUUUUCUUCAAACAACUCUUCACGAAGACGCUUAAUCAAACCCCGCGGCGCGAAAAUGUCGAGGAGCGGGUGGGAUUGCUUCUCCCGGCCAUCACCCUCGAGACCUACGGGACGAUCUGUCGGGGGCUGUUCGAGAAGGAUAAGUUGAUCUUCGCCUUUUUGCUAUAUUCCCAUAUCGCGCGGCAUGCGGGGGAGAUGUCGGAGGAGGAAUGGCUUUUCGCGCUUAAGGGCAGCGAAGGCCAGAGUUAUUUGAGCGAUAUGAAUUAUCGAACGCCCGAUUGGCUGCCGGCUUUGCAGUGGAAUGAGGUGAUCGCGCUGUCGACGCGGAUUAAAAAGUUCGCCGGGCUGCUGGACGAGAUCCGCAAGCAUCCCGACGAGUGGAAAGCGUGGUUUGCCGAUGACAAAGCCUACGAACGCUUUCCGGCUUUUAUGAACGAACUCGACCAAGAGGAAGACGAACCCCUACAAGAGGCAACCCCUCACAAAACAGAGGAGGAGGACGAAGCCCCCAAUGAGGAUAAACCUCACGAAGAAGAGGAGAACGACGCCCUAAAAGAGUCAAACCCUCACGAAGAAGAGGAUAAAAUAUCGGAAAAGGCUAAUCGGACGGAAUUCUCUGAGCCGCAGAAGCGAUUUUCGACGUGGGAGAAGCUCCUUCUCCUCAAGGCCUUCCGCGAGGAUUUAUUCAACCACGGCCUGACGUUGUUAGUGGAGGAGAAGCUCGGGAAGGAAUUUUUGGAAUCCUCUGGGUUUGAUUUAGAAGGCUGCUUCCGCGAUAGCUCGCCGUCGGCGCCGAUUAUUUUUAUUUUAAUCCCCGGAACGGACCCGACCUCGUUGUUUACCGAAUUUGCCGAACGCAAAGGCUUUCGUUCGCGCUAUCAUAUGCUCUCACUCGGGCAAGGCCAAGGGGAAAAAGCGGAAAAGAUGAUUCGCGAUGGGUGGUUGGAUGGGGUGUGGGUGUAUUUGCAAAAUUGCCAUCUUUACGCGUCCUGGAUCCCCACCCUGGAGCGGCUGAUGGACGGGAUGUUGGAAAGCGGCGUCCACCCGAACUUCCGGCUGUGGUUGACGACGAUGCCGACCCCGGCUUUUCCCGUUCUUUUACUGCAAUCCGGGGUGAAAGUGGUGAAGGAGCCCCCGAAAGGGCUUCGCGCGAAUAUUCGCGAUACUUUUACUCAAAUCCUCACCCCAGACGGGUGGGAGAAUGGCGGGAUGCGGAAUCCGACGGCGUGGCGGCGAUUGGUCUUUUCCCUCGCCUACUUCCACGCCGUGAUUCAAGAACGGCGGCGGUUUGGCCCGCUCGGGUGGAAUAUCCCGUACGAGUGGAAUCAAUCCGACCUGGCGGCAAGUUUGCACACGCUUUCGGUGUAUAUCCCGCAUGAGGGCCCCCCAUUGCCCUGGGAGGCGUUGUAUUUUAUGAUCGGCGUCAUCAAUUACGGCGGGCGGGUCACCGACUUUUUGGAUACGCGGUGUUUAGGGACGAUGAUUACGUCUUUCAUGAACCCGGAUGCGGUGCGGCCCGCGCGCUACGACCUCACGCAGGACGGGAUUUAUCACAUCCCCGCCGAGACCGCCUCCUUUCGCGCGAUUCAGACGUACCUGGCGGAGCUGCCGAACUUCGAGAGCCCGGAGAUUUUCGGGCUUCACGGGAAUGCCGAAACGACGCUGAACCGCCGCGCGGUGCGGGCGGGGUUGGCCGCCGUCCUCGCCGUGCAGCCCCGGCGAAAGGCCCCGGCCCCGAGCGGGGAGGGGAGGGCCGAAAAGGAAAAAGACGGCGCGGCAAACCGCCCCAACGCCGAGGACGAGGCCCCGACCGAUAAAGACGGCGAGGGCCGCAUGCUCGCGAUGGUGAUGGCCCUCAAAGGGCGUUUGCCCCCCCCCAUCGACCCCGCGGCGGCGCACCCUUCGAGCUACCAAAAGGCCGCCGAUGGGACCAUCUCCUCCCUCGGGACCGUCCUCCGGCAGGAGGUGGACAUCCUCAACGGCCUCUUGGCGAUGUUGGCGGGCUCCCUGACGGAACUUUUUCGCGGCAUCAAAGGCGAGGUCGGGAUGUCCUGCGAGCUGGACGAAAUGCUCGACGCGAUUCUUAUCGGCGCCGUCCCGCGGAUGUGGUUGGAGCGGGGCUACCUCUCGCGCAAGCCGCUGGCCUCGUGGUUUGUCGAUACCCUCGAUCGGGUGGCGUUCUUCCGGGCGUGGAAUGACCACGGGCUGCCGAAAAGCUUUUGGAUUUCCGGAUUUUACUUCCCCCAGGGGCUCUUGACGGCUUUUCUGCAAACCUACAGCCGCCCGCGAAAGAUCCCGAUCGAUGAUGUGGUCUUCCAGACCAAAAUGACCAUCGACGCCGGGCCGGACGAUAUCGAAGAGGACAGCGGAGAUGGGUUUUUCAUCCACGGCCUCUUCUUGGAAGGCGCCCGGUACGAUAUCGGGAUGGGGUGUCUUGCGGAAAGUCGAAAAGGGGAGCUUUUUACGUCUUUACCGGUGAUUCAUUUGAUCCCCGUUCGCCAAUCCCUCCUGUCGGAGGAUGACGAAAAUAAGAAAAAGAAGACGAUGUACUCCUGUCCGGUAUAUAAAACGGCGGCUCGCGUGGGUAUGCUCUCAACAACAGGGCUGUCGACCAAUUAUGUGAUUUCGUUGGAUAUUCGAGCGGGAAAUAAAAACGACGAGAACUUUCGAGCGACCCCGGAGCAUUGGAUCAAACGCGGUGUCGCCAUCUUAUGCAUGCUAGAUGAUUGA